GCUUCUUUGGCAGUGACUCUUUUCAAUAUGGAGUACAGAACCUAGCCUGAUUCACGCUGCGCUUCUCCCGUCUCAUUCAGAUUUCGGUCACUCCUUGAAAGUCGAGGUCAAGUUAUGAACUCUCCCCCCUCGAUGCCGACCUACAAGUUUCGCUCAUGUACUUUUUAUAAACCUCCGACCAACAUUUAAAUGCAGGUGUUUGCUGCUCAUCGGAAAACGCGCUGGUAGCCGUAAAGUAGCGCGUAAGUUAUACAGCUGUUGUAACUUUGUCAAGCUACUUUUUUUCUGCAAGAAACGCCGCAUUGUUUGUGUUCUCAACAUCUGGAGGGGAUCUGAAUUCUCCGAAGUUGACAGAAGACAUUAAUCGGCACAUUGGGUCGACCUCCGUGCGUUAGCGGUUAAAGGUGACAUCGCGCCAGUCUGUUCAGUUGUAGAAUGCACAAUGCAGCCAGUGUCUCUGCCUCUCUGGGGUCCUUGGGACUCUUUCGUUUCUUCGGAGUGUCCUGGUCCUGGAGUCUGGCAGCAGGCCUUGGGGUAUAUUUGGGCACCAGAAGCUGGAAAUACUUCUACAUCGCAGCACGCACUGCCAAGAGAGACCUCAAUGGCCUCUACGUGCUGCUGAGAGUCAAGCUGGCUUUGUGGCGUUACAUGCACAAUGGAAGCAACAUUCCUUCCAUCUUCGCCCAGACAGUCAAACUCCACCCAAACAAGCCGGCCCUGAUCUAUGAGGCCACCGGCGAAACGUGGACCUUCACCCAACUGGAUGAGCUGUCUAACGCCGUGGCCCACUGGGCUAGAGGUCAGGGCUGGGACUCCGGGGAUGUGGUGGCCCUCUUCAUGGAGAGCAGGCCGUUGCAGGUGGCGCUUUGGCUGGGUUUGGCCAAGGUUGGGGUGGAAGCGGCGCUCAUCAACUUCAACCUCCGCCACGACUCCCUCGUGCACUGCAUCGGGGUGUCAGGCUCUCGAGCGAUUGUGUUUGGAGCUGAGCUUGCUGAAGCCAUGUUGGAGGUGAACUCCACCGUAAACCAGUCGAUGGUACGGUUCUCCACAGGAGAGCUCAGCGCGGAGCAUCUGUCCCGUCUCGGUGCUCAACCUCUAGACUCAAUUUUAGCCUCGGCAUCCAGACAUCCCCCCGCACCUUGUGUUACCCCAAAAGGCAUGAACGACCGUCUGUUUUAUAUUUACACCUCUGGAACCACAGGAAUGCCGAAGGCUGCCAUUGUGGUUCACAGUCGUUACUACAGGAUUGCAGCAUUUGGUUAUUUCGCCUUUCGCAUGCGCCCUGACGAUAUCAUCUAUGAUUGCCUUCCCCUCUAUCAUUCAGCGGGCAACAUCAUGGGAGUUGGACAAUGCCUGAUCCAUGGCAUCACUGUGGUGGUGAAGAAGAAAUUCUCAGCAAGUCGUUUUUGGGAAGAUUGCAUUAAGUACAACUGCACAGUGGUGCAAUAUAUUGGCGAAAUCUGCCGCUAUUUGUUGUCUCAGCCAGUGCGGCCAUCAGAAAAGGGCCACAAAGUUCGCCUAGCAGUUGGUAAUGGGUUACGCCCCAGCGUGUGGGAGGCCUUCAUGGAACGUUUCGGAGUGGCGCAGAUUGGCGAAUUCUAUGGAGCAACUGAAUGUAACUGCAGCAUUGCCAACAUGGAUGGAAAGGUGGGAGCCUGUGGAUUCAAUAGUCGCAUUCUCCCCAAUGUAUAUCCCAUUCGUCUGUUGAGGGUGGACGAGGACACUAUGGAGCUGUUUCGUGACAGCCGGGGCCUCUGUGUGCCUUGCCGCCCUGGGGAGCCGGGGCUUCUGGUGGGUCGUAUCAAUCAGCAGGACCCGUUAAGGCGCUUCGAUGGCUAUGCCAACCAGGAUGCUACGAAGAAGAAGAUAGCUCAUAACGUCUUCAAGAAAAACGAUUCUGCAUAUCUGUCAGGUGAUGUGCUGGUGAUGGAUGAACUUGGUUACAUGUACUUUCGCGACCGAGGUGGGGACACAUUCCGAUGGCGAGGAGAAAAUGUCUCCACGACCGAGGUGGAGGGCACACUGAGCGGUCUCCUGGGUCAGACAGAUGUGGCCGUGUAUGGUGUGACAGUACCAGGUGUGGAGGGUAAAGCAGGCAUGGCUGCCAUUGCUGACACUGCAGGAUGCUUUGACUGCAACGAUUUCUUUCAGAAAAUCCAGCGAGCCCUUCCUCCAUAUGCUCGCCCUGUAUUUCUGAGAAUCUCCACACAUGUAGACACCACAGGUACAUUUAAAAUCCAGAAAACCAGGCUGCAGAGGGAGGGAUAUGACCCGCGCCUCACAGCAGACCAGAUCUACUUUUUGAAUAGUAGAGCUGCGCGUUAUGAGGCUGUAAAUGAGGAGCUCUACAAUGCUAUAGUGGAGGCAAGGAUGUCUCUAUGACAUGGUGAACAUAGCAGAGCAAUCACAGUGCCUUAGCUAACUCAGUAACAGAUACUAUAGGGGGAAAGGAUAACAUGCAUGUUGAUGUUGGGUUCAGUGAAUCUAGACGCACAAUGGGCCUGGAUUUAAACUGUUUAUUAAACAGUGUUGAGAGUAGCACUUAUCUAGAUAGAGUACUGUUGCACAGGACGCGUUAACACUGUAUGAGUAACUCAAUGGGACAUAAUGUGAGGGCAUUUAUCCCCCUAACUUAGUAAUGAACACCUCAAAAAAAGCUCCUGAGCAUCACCACACAGAGUUGUUUGUCCCGCAACCGUUUGAAAUAGGAAUAUGUUACAGUAAUGUGGUUUAGGCCAGCUGUGGUAGCAUUAAGUCAGAAUUUUUAGAAGGUGUUUACCCAUUUAUGAAAUAUGCUGCAAGAUUAAUUUUGUUUAGAUCAAAGCAAUACCUGACUGUGAAGCAACAGAGUAGUAACUAUUGUGUUUGGAUGAAACUGACAAAGCAGACUACAGUACGUGUGGCUACUAGGUCAAACACUAACCAGACUUUUAAUGCAAUGAACACUAAUCUCACUAUUUUCUCACAGCAUUUUUGAACCUCUGAACAAUAAGCAUGGGUUUUCCAAAUACACAAAGGUUGUUACUGUUUGUGCCUUAUAUGAACGUUCACAUCUGUCGUUUAUUCAUUUUAUGUUGUUUUUUUUUUUUUUUUUCGGAAAAGGAACUCAAAAAAAAUGUGGAAAUCACAGUACUGAUUUUGUGUCAUGCAAAGCUGAGUCACAGACAGUGACUGUCAGUUUAUGGGACAGCUCUUAUAGUCAUAAUAUAUUGGUGUUAAACCUUGUGAAGUUAUUUACAGUUGCCAAUCUCCCAAACUAGAUGUGAUUUGUUGUAACUCAAAUGUUAUUCAUUAAAACAGCUUUUAACUCGGA